ACACUUAGUGAUAGACCUAUCACUCAAAUUUCAAAAUGACUGGAUGUAAUUUUGAAAUUUAGUUUUACAUACAUCAAUUUAUGUUUGUCGUUUUUCGAAUUUUCAAAAAUGAAAAGACCGAAUAUCCAUUUUUGGUUUCUGUGGCUUACCCUACUUCGACUCUUUGCCAGGGCCGACCACGGGGUCAUUACCGAUGUCAGCGAUGAAACCUUUGAGUUCCUGAUCUCUGGCGGCCACACGCACAACAUAUUUAGAUGGAGCCGCCACGUGGUCUCUAUCAGGACGGUUAGCUAUUUGAAGAAUCCCGGUGAUAAUCACUUCUGCGCCGGUAUCCUGAUCAGCAGCCGAGCCGUGCUAACCGCCGCCCAUUGUCUGACGGACAGAUAUAAGGCCACGCUGAAGCCGCGUGGCAUUCAGGUGGUGUUCGGUCACUUCAAACGGCUGGACUCGUACAAUGUCCACGAUGACAGCCGGAUCGCAGAUCGCCUAAUGGUGCAUCCGGAUUACGAGCGCUACAAGAAAAACGACCUGGCCAUUAUCCGGCUCAACAAACGAAUUCCCAGCUACAACCCCGAGGUGCAGCCUAUUGCGUUACGCAAAAAGGCGAACGUGACCGUUAACAAUACCUGUUUAACCAUGGGCUGGGGGCAGCUAUAUCAGCACGGACCUUACUCGGAUGAAAUUCUAUAUCUGAAUGUGAUCCUUAGCUCGCCGUCAGACUGCAAAAGGGAAAUCGACUCAUUUUAUGAAGAUGACAUAUGUGUGCAUCCCAAAACCAAAGGUCAGAUGUGCGCCGGUGACAUGGGCGGGCCGCUCAUUUGUCAGGGUGCUCUCGCCGGAAUCAUUGCCGGAACUAUGGGCUGUUCUGAGGGUCGGUCCAUGAAGUUUGUUAGCUUUCCGCACUACAGAGAUUGGAUCCAGAAGACAGUUAAUGACUUUAAAAAUGGCGGCGUUACACUCACCAUGGACAUGCUCAUGCUCUGCGGGGGUUGGUUGGUCUCUCAACUCUACCAGCUACUGCUGUACUAAAGUCAUCACAAUGAAAGAGUUGGAAAUUCUAGUGAAAGGCUAAUGCAAAUGCAGUAAGUUCGAUCUUGCAGUGGCCCCUUGUGAGCUCUGGAUAUUGUCUACCGAAUAGAUCUUGUAACUGGUUCAAGAAACCCCAUCAGGGGACCACAGAAAUCGCCUUGCAAUAAAGUAAAUGUGAAACCCAAUUUAUA